UCCCCCAUUAUCUUUCUUUUUAAUAAAUUAAAAAGAAAGACAAUGGCAUUUUUUAACAAAAUUAUUAUUGUAUUUACCAUUUCUUUAUUCCUUACAACAAUUCCUUCUAAGGCAUAUAAUAUUCAACCUAAAACCCAUGCACCUUCCCAUGCACCAAUUAAACCAUCCUCAUCCUCGUCCUCGUCCUCGUAUGUAGCCCCUAAGGCAACUAUUGAAAUUCCGAAAAAUAUACCUACCGUCCCAAAUACUAGAGAUGUAUCCGUAUUUAUCAACUCGAUGAUGGAAGCAACGAUGACAAAGACAGAAGAAUUUAUCGCGAAUGUGAUUGAACAACGUCUAGAGGAACCAGAUACUGAUAUUUACGCGACGAAUUGUCUAGAGACAUGUAAAUCAGUGUAUCAAGAUGCUGUAGAUGCGAUGAAGAAAGCUGAAGAAGAUGUGAAAGCAAAAGAUUAUUAUAAAGCAAAUUUGGAUAUUAGUGCAAUGACAACAGAUAUUGAUACUUGCAAUGAAUGUGCUAUUUCAAUAUAUGGAGAGGAUACUGAAUUUAGGCAAUUUGAUAAUUGGAUUCAAGGGGUUGCUAGUGAGUGCCUUGAAAAGAUUAGUGCCUUAACUAAAUAAAUUUGGUAA